AAAGCGAGCCACCGUCUUACCGGAAGUUGCCGAAAGGGUGACGUCAGGGCUGGGGAGCGACCCUGAGCCGCGGCUUGUAGACGGCAGGCGUUGUCUCAGCAACCGGUUGGUCUCAGGAUGUCAUUCGUGGCCGGGCAGCCGGUCACUGCUAUUGUGCAACGUAUUGAAAUCCAUAAAUUACGCCAUGGUGAUAACCUAAUCCUGGGAUUCAGUAUUGGAGGUGGAAUUGACCAGGAUCCUACACAAAACCCCUACUCGGAAGAUAAAACAGACAAGGGUAUAUAUGUUACUAGAAUCUCAGAAGGUGGACCAGCUGAAGUUGCAGGACUGCAGAUCGGGGACAAGAUAAUGCAGGUAAAUGGUUGGGAUAUGACGAUGGUAACACAUGACCAGGCCAGGAAACGUCUCACAAAGAAAAAUGAAGAUGUAGUUCGGCUUCUGGUAACCCGUAAAUCUCUACAGCAGGCCUUGCAUCACUCAAUGCAGUAGGCAGCUCUCACUGCAGUUGGUGGCCUACUGGAAUGUAAUGUAAUGAUUUAUUGAAAAAUUAUCCUGUAGCUGAAAACUUCAAUUUUUGCUCCAUACUGUGGUCUGUUAAUCCUCAACACUGGCAGACCAUGUAACACCCAAAAUAACUGUAGAUCUCACUGAGAAUUGCAUGAAACCUACCUUUUCAUAUACUUAACUAUUAAACUGAUUCAGCAACAUUACUAGUGGGACCAAAUUUAAAGGACUCAGAAUCUCAAGCUUGUUACCAGCAUUAAAGUUCCUCUUUGUUACUAUUUGAACACUUAAUCUUUUUUAAUUGGCUUUGAUCCUAUAACCAAAUACAGGUUUGCUGACCAAAACCGUUCGUGGGAACCUUGGGCGAGCUGAACUGCCCCUAAGCUGUUGGGAAACAUGGCACUGAAAGAGAAAAGCCUUUGUAAAUGAUAUAUUAAGAAAUACUUAAUUUUACUGACACACCCUCCCCCACCCCACAAGGACAGUUGAGUUGAAAGUACAAGUCUAAUUUCCACAAUGCUAAACUGGGCAGAUACUACACGGCUUUAUUUGAUAUGUACUAGUGAGUAACAGUGAAUGAUAGUGGUGUGAAUUCUGUGACUGGCUUUGGAUAACGGCAAGCAUGAUGCUCUGGUUGAUGUGCUUCAUUUAAAACAACAACUUAAUGCAAACAUCUGCAUCCUUAAAUAUUGAACCUGGGCAGGUUUCCUGAAGUUCUUGAUCCACCAGAGCAACCUUAAAUUUUAAUUUUUUUAAGGAAUAUUUUUAUGGUAUUUUAAACUAAACCCUGUGCCUUCACACGUAUCUACAACUUCUGACUGAGAUAACAUGUAUCCUCGAAAGGACAUGUACCACAUUAUAUUUAGAAUAAUACUGAGCUACUUUUAUCUAUGACACAAUUUGUUAACUAUUCAGGGCCUCCUUAAAGUGCCUUCUGAUUCAUUCUCUGAUUGUUAGUCAGAAACCAAAGUGGCUGCUGCAUUUGCAUGAUCCUUUUGAUUUCACUGUAGCCUUCCUUCAAUGGGGUAAUAUACAUGUGGUAUCAUGGCUCCUUCAGACUGAGACUAUACUCCUUCCACCCUAAACCUGUACCCGUGGAGUUAGAAUCUUCCAUUUUUUAGUCAGCAAGUGGUUACACUACAUAUUUUGCAGGCUUUCUGCAUUACUUGAUUUAAAUCCUGUCUCACUUUAGUCUUGUAUUACAUAUAAACAAUCACUGUAUGCAUCCACUGGUGGAUGAUCUGGAAAAAAUGAAAUUGUAUAUUACACAAUUACUGUAAUUAAAUUGCUUUCAAUAAAUAAAAAAAACACUUUCUGAAGUUGA